GUUUAAUAAUUUAGUUUGUGCUUGAUUGAGAAAUAGAACGGUUGUUUUCAAAGUUCCUUCAAUAUUCCAAUUUAAUUAAAAAUUUUAUAAAAUUAAAAAAUAAUUUUAGAAAUUAUCAAAAUAAUAUUUUAAUAAAAAAAAAUGGGUAGUGAAGAUAAUAAUUCUGGUGAAUCGAAAUUCGGUUUUAAAGACAAGGAAAAAGCUGAAGAAACUCUUCAACUUCUUGAAAGUCAUGACAUGCAAUAUAGAAAGUUAACAGUACGCGGUCUUUUAGGACGUGCCAAAAGAGUUCUAUCUAUGACAAAAGCUGCUGAUAAAGUUAAAAAUAUAAAUGAGGCAAUAGAAGUUUUUGAAAAAUGGUUGGAAGAGAAUGGUGGUGGUGCUGCUAACAAAAAUGCAAAAACCGAUGGAGAUGAUAAAGUUGAAACAGUUCCUGGAUUAGGCUUUAAGGAUAAAGAGGCCGCGGAAAGGACAUUGAAAAUUCUAGAAGGACGUGAUCCAGAAUAUCAAAAAUUAGCUGUUAAAGGUUUGAUUGGCAGUUCAAAACGUGUUUUAUCUGGUACUAAAAAUGAAGAUAAAAUAAAAGCUAUAAAAGAAGGUGUUCAAAUUUUAGAGGAUUUCCUGGAGAAAUUUGAAAGAGAUAAUUUAAUUCGUUUAAAUAAAGCAUAUUUACAAUAUUCAAUAAUAUCAAAAUUACCGGAACCCAAUGAUGAAUUGGCCGCUGAGUUUCUUAGCGCAUAUAGCGGUGAAAAAGCCAAAGGUAAUUAUAAACAUUUACGAACAAUGUAUCCAAAAGAUGAUGACGAAACAUCAUGGGAUAUAAUAAGAAAUAAAAAUGUAAAUGAAUUAUGUGAAGAAAUGAAAAAAGAUGAUUUAAAAUUAUUCAAAGAGAAUGGUGAACCAUCAGAUAUACAUUUAAAAUUGAUUCAUUGGGCCUAUAGUCCACAACCAGAUAAAUUGAAAAAAUAUAUUGAAACAUUAAGUACAAAAGCUGAAAAAAGAAAAUCAGCAGCAGAUAGUUCCGACUCAGAUGGUGGAGAAGUUAAAAAACAAAGAAUUGAAAGCGAUGAUUAAAUCAGUUUAUUUUUACAUAAUGGCGCAUUUAAUAAAAUAUAAAAAUAAGAAUUAUAUUGAUGUAUUUUAUUAUAAUUAUAAUAUUUAAACAAACCAACAAUCAACUAAACAAUCAAACAGAAACUAAAAAGAAUCCACCUGCCAAAUAAAUAAUUUCGAAUCAUAAAAUUACAAAACACAUUAAAAGUGAAGGUGAAUGAUUAAUUGAAAUGAACAAAAAUGUAAUUGAAUUUGGUACCUGAUUACAAGAGAAAAAUAAAAACAAAAGCAAACCUAUAUUGAUCUUUAUUUACAUAUACACAUACAUAUGUACUUACUGUACUUAGUCAUUGUGGAUAUUAUUAAAUUUUGUAUGUUUUGCAAAUAUAUACCGAUAUAUAUAUAUGUAUAUAUAAAUGUAUUUUGUACAUAUUUUUGAAUAUUACACAUAUUAUAUUAGUAAAACAAAACAUGAAAAUAAUGAACUAAAUAAAA